AUGAAGACUAUCAUGAUGGUGGGAGCUCGUCUAUCCAGGGAGUUCAUCGCCAUCUUCCUCUUUCUGGCUGUGGCAGUCUUAAUCUUGAUGCUACACAAAAUGGAAGUUCUGGAGUUUCAACAGGAAGUGAACAUCAACAUCCCUGUCCCAAGAGUUUCCACAGACCCUGACAUGCAUCAAGGCUUCUGCACCUUCCAGCCACUGUCUCCAGAGGAUGCUGUGGAGGAAAUCCUCCUUCUAGAAACCAUUGCUUGGCCUGAACCUCCACUUUUGCCAGCUCCUCUUUCCCUGGAUCAGACCAGUCAUCCAGCUCACAGCUCCUUCACCAUUCUCCCAGGGAGGGGAGGAGGACGGUGGCAUGUUGGGGAUCAGCUGGAGGUUCUGAUCAAAAUGUCUGACUUCCAAGGCCGUCCCAAGAAGUUUGGGGGAGACUUCUUACUCGCCAAGCUGCACAAUCAGAAGCUUGGUGCAGGUGUGGCUGGGCAGGUGGUGGAUCAUCUCAAUGGCAGCUACUCUGCUGUUUUCUCUUUACUCUGGGAAGGAGACGCACAGGUUCAGGUGAUGCUGGUCCACCCCAGUGAGGCUAUCCCAGUGCUGAACAGGCUGAACAGUGAACAGCCUGACAGGAUUUACUUCAAGAGUGUCUUCCGCUCAGGCUCACUCUCUGAAACAACCAUCUGUAACGUCUGCCUACGUCCAACACAGCAGCCGCUGUGCAACUACACUGACCUCCAUACAGGCGAACCUUGGUUCUGUUACAAGCCAAAGAAACUGAGCUGUGGUGCCAGGGUCAGCCAUGCCAAGGGAGGAUUCAAAGAAAACCUUGAGGCCAACGAGAAGAAGCUUUUGCAAAGUCGUGUCAACAUGAAAGUCUACAUUCCUGCUUCAGGACCUGCCAGUGUCCCUGUGUUGCCAAAAAAUCAAGGUCAAGCAGAAGUAAAGAGCAGCAUUGUGGCAUCUGGACCCUCUGGCUAUUACUACAAGGGUGCGUGGCGAGCACUAGAUGGCACCACAGUUCACCAAUUCAACACCACCUCUGCCAUCAGUCAGUGCCUGAAAGGCAAAGUGGUCCACAUGUAUGGAGACUCCACCAUCAGGCAGUGGUUUGAAUUUCUCAGUGCAGCACUACCAGAUCUUAAGUGGUUUGAUCUGCACACCCAGAAGCAAGCUGGACCUUUAAUGGCCUUAGACUAUGCAAACAACAUCUUGGUGAAAUAUCGCUGUCAUGGUCCUCCUAUCCGCUUUGCCAAAGUCCUAACCACUGAGCAUCAUUAUAUUGCCAAUGACCUGGAUGAUGUAACUGGAGGCACCAACACUGUUGUCGUUCUUGGCAUCUGGUCUCACUUUGGCACUUUCCCCAUGGAGAUCUACAUCCGGCGGCUACAGAACAUUCGCAGGGCGGUGGUGCGGCUGCUGGACAGGUCUCCAGGUACGCUGGUCGUCAUCCGGACGGCGAACCCCAAAGCUUUGUGGCUUUAUGAGACAUUAACAAACAGUGACUGGUACUCACUGCAGCGUGAUAAGGUGCUCAGAGUCAUGUUCAAAGGACUGAAUGUUCAUCUCAUUGAUGCUUGGGAGAUGGUCCUGGCCCACAACCUUCCUCACAGCCUCCACCCACAACCUCCCAUUAUUAAAAACAUGAUUGAUGUUCUCUUGACCUCCGUAUGCCCUCAAAAGGGCAGCUAG